AUGGUAGGCACUACCAGCACCAGCAGUACAGUAGUAUCAACAGUUCCCUCUACAACUCCUAUUGCACCAGCUCCAGCACCACCAACCAACCCAAAAGACAUUCCGUGUACGUGUGGUGUUUUCCUCAGUGGGCAAUUUGUGAAAGGCAGUGAUGCUCAACCACGAGGAAAUGCAGCUCUGCUUCAUGAACUAAUGGUGCCCUUUCCAUGCACACCUGUUGGCCUCAAACAGUGUAUCAAUCGCUGUCUUGAUACCAUUGUGAAACAUCUACCUAAUAGCCCAGCUAUUUUGUGUGGCUCUAUUGAUCGUGACUGCUACAAGGAGAGGGCAUAUUUAUUUGUGAAGAACUGCAGUGAUAAAUGGGUCAACACAAAUCUAUCUGCUGGAAGGGAAUACUGUUGUAAAGAUGGUGUCCCUUAUAAGUGUCCUAUCAUGUCAUAAUCUACAUUUUGUAACUACCAUCCUUUAUUUAAACAUUUAAAUUAUCAAUAUUGUACUAAUUACUAUUCCUACACAGAAAUAAAACAGUUGUCUCAAUCACUUUACACUUUCAUUGUGUAAAAUGCGAGACAGUAGAAAAAAAGAACAUUUUCAUGUGGCUUGGGAACCAGUGUAAUUCAAAAUAAUCUUCUGUUAAGGCAAAAAUAACAGUAACUGGAUGCAAAAACAGUAAAAGGAUAUUUCCACUGAUACUUACAUUUGAUAUCAACAGAAGGAAACUGACUGAGAAUAUGGUGGAAGAAAAAUGCUAUUAUUCUUGCAUGCCACUGACUGGCAUACUUAAAAAAUCCCUCCCCUCAAAUUUUCCUGGACAUAAAUACUGACUACUACGAAGCAGUUCAGUCAGCUUUACGUUUUCAGUAAAAUCUUCUUUAGAGUGUUGUUCUGUUUAGAAAUUUACUGUCAAACAUUUAUAAGCUUGAGUUUUUAUCAAACCGAUUCUGAAACAAAUAACAGUCAAACUCAAAUUCCUACCAAGUUUCAUUCAUACUGAGGUAAUUUGUGCCCGAGGUUUAUGUGGUUGCUUUAAGUACAGGAAACAAAUACUAAUGACGCAAUAAUUAACAUGCAUAACUGGAUGGUCAUCUCAGGAAUAUUGCUCAAUGGUUUCCUGGUGCAGGUAAGCUUUCUCGCAAGUGACACAGAUGGUGUAGUUGAAGAAAAAGUAUGGAAGGAAGAUUAUCAACAAUACACUCAUUAACAAUGGCAAACAAUCUUACAUGAACAAGAAGGAAAUCUGCAAUAUUGCUUGGUGUUCAAAUCCAGAAUGUGAGUUCACAGCCUAAAUAACUGGGUAACUAUGCCUGAACGUCACCAAGUCAGGAACUAUACUCCGUUCAUUAUAAGAAUAAAACUGAUGUAAACAAACAAACGCGAUGAUUGAUCAGAAGCCGUAGCACACAUGUACUGGUGUUGUUGCGCUCUUGGAAGUAGGUCCUACUUAUGUAUUAGAUAUAUUAUCACUAAGUUACGUUAAAUGAAACUUUAAGAUAUUCAAAUGUAUUAGAAGCCAUCAACUUAAAAAAAACCAACACUGUAGUUUUUAUUUUAAAAAUGGUGUACAGUCCAGCCUCUGCACUGUUGUGCUUUGAUUGUCGCCCUGUUAAUACGCAGUAUGAAAGUGGCUGAGGCUGCUUCCCAUUCCCAUUUAGAAAACAUUUAAAAAGUGCUGAGAAAUAAGUUGUUCUUAAUGUUUGUCACAGAUUUACAGACACAAUCGGUUUUGAAGUUUUACAAGGGAUUGUAUUAGUACAGAUGAAACACCAGUGUAUAGUAGUGUACAGUGGAGGCGGUUGAGUAAUAGCUUUGUGACUCAUCAACCUAAAUGUCUUGCUGGUUAGUCUCACCCGAGUCAGUUUUUUUACUUUUUCAAUUUGAAUUACCUACAUCUUGUAACCGUAAAAUUCAUCGUCAUUUUAUAUAAAUAAUGCACAUCAUAUUGUUUUUAAUUAAAUAUUGCACGUGAAAUUCUUGUUUUCAUUUCAAAAAUAAAUUCUCAAUUCUAGAUAUUUUAUGAAAGACUGUUAAUAAAGGUUGCUUAAACUAACGGAAAAUAACAAUUAUGGAGGCAAAAAUGAAAAACUAAAUAUUCUUCAUUUGGACUGUGUCCAUUGUUUUACGCCACAGAAGUCGAUAUGUGUUGCAGAAGCAUGAAAAACAAUCAUUUUCACAGCAUUGAGCACACCACACAAAUGUUGUAUUUUUACAUUUGCCACUGUGCCAUUACAAUACGAACCCAACAGAAUUGAUCUGGAGCCAAGUUAAGGGAUUUGGCCCAAGAAAUAACAAGACUGUUAAGCUCCCGGACGUACUGGAACCACCACAUGCAGCUUUUUCAUAUGCCACUACCGAAUGUAGGCAUCAAUAUAUAGAAUGGCACGUCAUAAGUAAAGAGAAAAUGCCGCACCCGAGUGGCUUCUGUUGUUGAUCGACUCUAUCAACGUUGGAUGACAGUUCCAGUACUGAAAUGUAUUUCUCGGAUUCGGAUAAGGAUGAAGGUAAGAGAUUACCAGAUGACUGACUGUAAUUAAUAUCUUCUGUGGCUACAGUAUUCAAUAGUAUGGUGAAAUCACUGCAGUAUUGUUUUGCAACACACAUAGCUUGU